AUGGAGGAUGAAGAAUACAAAUAAGUGUAGAACUACAUUUUAUGUAAAUAUAUUAUCUUUAACAAGAGCGUACAUUAGGCCAAGGAACAUUUGGCAAAGUCAAAUUAGGUUAUCAUAUUAUUGCAGAUGAAUACGUAAUAUUAAACUUAAACUUGUAAGGUAGCAAUAAAAAUUCUUGAAAAAAGUAGAAUAGAGAAACAAUGUGAUUUAACUAGAAUUUAAAGGGAAAUCUCUAUUCUCAGAAAAGUAUGUCAUCCAAAUGUCAUAAAAUUGUAUGAGGUAAUUCUAUCAUAAUCAAAACAAGAUCUUAGAAUCAGAGUCAUGUGUAUAUUUAGUAAUGGAAUAUGUGAAGGGUGGAGAAUUGUAUGAAUACAUAAUUAAGAAGAAAUAGUAAUCAGAAUACUAAAUGAAAUUAGACUACCAGAAAACAUAGCAGUACGCUACUUUUAGUAGUUAGUCUUUGCAACUGAAUAUUUGCAUUCAUAAAAUAUAACUCACAGAGAUUUGAAACCAGAAAACCUUUUGAUAGAUGAGAAUAGAUAAUUAAAGAUUGCAGAUUUUGGUUUAAGUUUUAUAUCCGAAACUAAAGGUGAAUAUCUUAAAACUGCUUGUGGAUCUCCUUGUUAUGCUGCACCUGAAAUGCUUCGUAUUUAUUUAAAUAUAAAAAGUUGGUAAAAUUUAUGAAGGAACUAAAAGUGAUAUUUGGAGUUGUGGAAUUAUUUUAUUUGCUAUGUUAUGUGGAUAUCUACCUUUUGAACAUGAAAAUACAUAAUAAUUAUAUGAAUUAAUUAAGAACAGUGAUUUUGAAAAACCUGAACAUUUAUCCAAAAAUGCAAUAGAUAUACUAACAAACAUUUUAGUCAAAGAUCCAAAUAAAAGAUUUAACUUUGAAUAAAUAAAAUAACAUCCAUUUUUUUAGUUGCAAACUUCAAUCCCAACUAAGAAUCUUAGUUUGAAUGACCAAACAAUAAUUAAUAAAAUGAUAGAAAUGGGAUAUCAAUAGAAAUAAAUUAUACACCAAUUGCAAUCUAAUAAGCAUAAUAUUAUAACUACAAUAUAUUACCUUUUAUAAAAAAAAUAUAAUUAACCUCAUAGAAGAAGCUUUUUUCAAAAUAUUUAAAAUAUAGGUAAUCUAAAACUUGAUAUCAAUUAAAAACGAUUUACAAUUUCGAAAUUGUAAUCAUCUUAAUAAGGAUCACCUAUUCUAGAGAAAAUUGAUAAAAUUAAAUAAUCUAUAAUAUAAAAAUUAGAGAACUCUCCUUAUUUAAAAACAUAGAAUUCAUAAAAAUUCAAGAAAUUUAAUUUAUCAGUUUAAUCCAAAAGAGUUAGUAUUCAAAUAGAAAAUUAAAGAUAAAAGACUAAUUCAGUUUAAGAAAAACAUUAUGAUUAUCCUUAUACUUACACACCAAACAUUUAAGAUUAGAAGUAUUUAUAAAUUAAAUAAAUAAAUAAGAUCUAGAAUUUAAUCUAGAAAAAAUUCUAAAAAUUAGACACCUUUUAAAUUAAUUUAAAGAAGAGAUUUAGAAUAAGUAAUAAAAACAGAUAUAAAUGAAGAGAUAUUAAGUAAUUAGAAAGGUAUUUAUGCUUAAGUAAGAUAAAGAAAUAAAACUUAACCAAAUAAAAAUGAAGAAGGAUAAAAUUACUUUGAAAAAACUUCUAAAUUAAAUACAUCUCAUUAAGUAUUAAAUAAUUUAAUUAGAUGGUUGAAAAGACACAAUAAUAGUCCCCUUACAUUAAUAUGAAUUUUAUUAAUCAUAGAUAAUUGUUUAAAUAGAUUUAUAAUGGAAAUUUGUCUGAUUUUAUGAAGAAAAAAAGUGAGUUCAAGGCCAGAAUUUUAUGA